CAAAUAAAGACUCAAACUGAUGGACACCACCUUAAAUGGGCAGACAUUUAGUGCUUUACCUGCUCUGCUUGUUGUAGUUUUUUAAAAUCCUUGUAAAAUUAGUUGUUCAUUUCUUUUAUCUUUAUUUUCUUCUUUCUGUCAGUCUGAACACUUUUUCUUCCAUUUCCUAAAACCAAAUCAAGGGCUAUUUACUUUCUUCUCUGUUUCAGUAUCAUUUUUUUAAAGCAAGAUACUGUGAUUUCUCUUUUCUUUCCUCUUUUUUUCUUUUCUUUUGAGAAAGAGGGCUUUGAUAUUAUCUGGAACUAUGCAUGACUGAACAAAAGACAGGUUAACACCUUACAAUGGAAGGAAGAAUGGGCUCUCUCCUCCCUCCCCAGACAAACUGUUGGGAUAAAUCGGGCUGUGAGCUAUGAUCAUGUAAGUUUGAAGUACAACCCAUUAAAUUCAUUGGAACUUGCUUCUAAGUAAGCAUACCUAGGACUGGAAUAUUAAUCAAUAACUGGGAAUUGUAAAAAAAAAUUAAGGUCUUUGUAACUGUCAUGUUCUCUUGUCCUCCUCUGGCAAAUGGAAGUAAUUAUUUCUUUCUCACAGUGAUUUUUGUAAGAUGCAUUUGAACUCAUUUCUCAUACACUUUUUGUCCAUUUCUUUUAUUCGUUGCUUUGUAGCAAAUCAAUUUAAUGAUUAGGAAUCAAUAUAAAUUGCAUCCUGAGACGGAAGCAUCUAUUCAAUAUCCAAGAAUGAUUGUUAAAUAAAAUUUUCUACAAUUAAGUCAAAAUGCUGUGAAAUAAAGACAACUCAUGUUAUCACAAAGGUUCGAAAGGAUGAUUUGGUCUUUCUGAAAUAGAGAUCAUUUGAUCUCAUUGAAUAUAGCACUUACAUCCACAAUGAAUGACAUUUCCCUUUCUAGGAUAUCAUUUUGAAUAUCUCUUGUUCAUAUGCUUUUCUUUUAUUGGAUCUUUUUCUGGAUAAGAUCACUGGAGUGAUAGACCCAUUUUCUUCUGUAUUUCCACAGGGCCAUUCAAUGGCAGGUCUAUCUGUCAAGUUCUUUGGGCACAUCUACUUCCCCCACCCUGUGUCCCAGAUAUAAAAAGCUAUCUGCCAUAAAGUGACAGUAGUUUCACUAUACAGCAAAAAUGAUGGAGAAAAUAUCUGCUAUUGACUUAUUUAUUUCCAUCUAUAUCUCAUACCUGUGACCAGGAAACUUUAGUAUCUUUGUCCAAUAUUGUCCUAUUUAACAAGAGUAGCCAGCUACCCUCACCGAUUUAUGGUGAUUCACAUAGCCAUUGUGCACAUGAACCCAUAGGUAGUAUUUUGCCAGCUUAUUAAAAGGCAGUGGCAUCAGCAGGGAUUUCACUUUGGACCCGUUAGGCAUCUGACAUCCCUGUAGAUUUAUGACUAAAAAUAACAGUUUAGUGUGAAAACAGCAACUAUUUGAAUUUACCCUGAGAAACUAUUUGAGACAGGAUUAGAAAGCAAGCCUUUACAUUUUCCUUGGGGCUUGUUUAUAGCAAGUGUUAUCUAAUUCUUUGCCUACAGAUGUUCAUCCAUUCCAAUAUGUUGGCGAUCUCUGGCUGUGAGAAUAGAUGAGCUUACAGAGACAAAUGUUUCAAGGUUGUUCAGGAGUUGCCUAAUGCCUUCCACUCUCAGAAUGUCAUGUGGACUUGCUUUAGAAUUUCUUCAUUGCUGUUAAGAGUUCACACUAAAAGGAUAAAUCUGCAAAGGACAACUGAAAAACCAAAUCUAUUGGCCCUGUGCACUAAAAGGGAAUAUGACAUAGUGGUGAAAUAGCUUGCAGUGUAUGUAAAAAAAACCUAACCAAGUAGUUUACAGAACAAAGAACUGCUCAUAAGGCUGUACAACAAUCAUUUUAAACAUUAUUUCCCUUCAGCUGUAAUUUGAAAUACAGUUUUUACCUUUGUACACUGUAUUUUGUUCUCAUGAUAUAUUCUGUUUUUCACAGUUCUCCAAGCAAACAAAGAAUAUUCCAUGAGUUCUAUUGUCCUUCAUUCCACCGGAGUCUGUCUCAUAUCUAAUCAGAUUUCAGUGGAGUGAAGCACAAGAGACAUGGAGUUGAAUCCACUGAGACUUCAGUUUGACUGCAGAAAGCAAUAUGCUGUACUAAAACAGUCAGAAGAAGUCUGCCUCAAUAUACACUGUGCUGGGAAAUGGUAAUAUAGGGGGAAAAAGAGUAACAUUUUAGUGGCGUAUGUGUACCUUGAAAUGUUUGGCAGAAAAUGUUUUGAAACUCUAUUUAUGACAUAUUUCUAAUUUUUUUUCUCUCUCUUUCAUGUGUUAAAAAGGAAUGAUUUCUUGAGAAUUUAAAUGCCCUAAAGUCAAUUGUGGAGCUUCUUUCCAAAUCCAUCUGAACAAGUUUUACAUGAAUCGAAAAAAAGGUGCUGAGGAAAUGCAUUCUCUUGUGAUAAAAUGCAAUUUUCCAAGCCCUGUACCAAAGUGAUUUGAUAUAUCAUGAAUGUUUUGAUCUGUACAUAAUAUUCUAUUCCUGGCCAACAAUGUGCUGCCUUCUAUAACUCAUUUUUCAUUCUCUUUUUUGGAAUUGGUACCUUUUGGAAGCAAAUGACACAAUUAAAUUCUUACAUGUUUUAUAUUAGAACUGUGAUCUGAUGCUGCCUGCAAUAAUCAUGUUUGCUUUUUAUAAUCAUGUUUUCCCAAGGAUUGUGAGUAGUUAAUUGUAGGCAGGCAAGCUUUGCCUUUAUUUCUGUUGCCUUGUCUGAGGAGGUCUCACAUUUCUGGCAUGCUGCUGUUAUCAUCAUCUCAUUUUUCCCCAGAUUAGGACUCAAGGCAGCUUACAAUUAACAAUUAGAAAGGCAUAGUCACAAGAAACAAAGGUGAAAACACGAUUAAUUAAUUAAAAAAAAACUUUGGAUUAAACAUGUGUAAAUAUAAAAACACACACCAGAACAAUAGUUGCCAGUUUCCAGCAUAUUGUGUAAGAUGGACCUUAUCAAAUGCCUGUUGGAAUAGCAAAGUCUUUGCUUGCCUAAGAAAAGAAAGUUGGAAUCAUCAGUUUUACUUCUCUGAGAAGGGAAUUCCAGAGCCAUGGGGCAGCCACCGAGAAGGCCCUCUCAUACAUUCCCACCUGAUCUACUUGUGCGGGUGGUAGGACAGAAGAAAGGACCUUUCCAGAAGACCUCAAACCAUGGAUUAGUUUGUAAGGGAGAAGUGAGUCCUUCAAAUAAUCUGAGCCAUGAAGGAUUUUAAAUAACCAACAGUUUGCAUUCUGCUCAGAAAUAGACACAGGUAGCCAAGUGGAUUUGUUGCAACAAGAAAGCUGUGUGUUCCAUUUAGAUAUGAUGGCCAUUUGUAAUAACGGAAACAUAAAUCAUUUCUCCACUGAAAGCUCCUAGAAUUGUUAAGCCGGGGCUCAUAAUAUAGCAUUUACAUCACAUGCCUAUAUUGUCUGCUUAGAAGUCCUAUUGAGUUCAAUGGGGUUUAAUUCUGAUAUGUGAGUGUAUAGAAUUGCAAGCCUUAAAGUGUCAGUGCAAAAUCUGCAAAGGUUAAUGCAGUUAAAAAUAUUUGACAGGUAAAAAUGUUUCAUCUCACUAAUUGUUCAACAGAUGUUAUGUCCUUUUCAUAGAUUUAACCUCCCUGAGAGACACAAGCAAAAAAAGAUAAGGACCGGCAGAGCUUUAAAAAUACCAAAUCAUUGCUUUUCACCAUGGCUAUGAAUUAUCUCCUUGGAUAGAUUUAACACUGUGUUCCAAAAAUUAUGCUGUAUUUUUUAUCUCACUUUCUGCCUGUUUUUUAUUUUACAGUGGAUCUGGGGUGGGAAGGAAUCCAAAGCCUACAUGAUGUGAUCUGCCUUCCACAAGCUCAGCAAUAUUCUGUGUUAAAUAUGACAAUGUGCUAUUUUUUAAAAUCAAAGCAAUUAUCUGUUUCAACAAAUCCAGUCUCAUUUAUGUUGUGACUGACAAUCUAUAAAAAUUGGAUUCCUGGAUAUCUUUAAAGAUACCAUUCUAAAACCACAAGAUUUCUCAGUACAACAUAACUGUUAAUUAUGUAUCACUUACAUGUACAUUUUGCAAACAUGGUGUCCCAACUUAAUCCUCUCAACAACCCUAUGGACAAUAUCAAGCAAAGAUGAACUGGGCAAAAAGGGCACUCAUUGCAUGCCAUUAUUCAGUAGCAAUUUGACCAUGUUCUGUCAAUUUCAGAUGCAUCGUUUUCUAAAGAAUGGAAAGUUGCUUUUAAGAAGAAUUAGCAUAACAGAAUGUUAAAGCCAUGCAUAUCUGAGAUGGUGCUCUAGAUCCCAUGCUCUGCUCUGAAUUAUUGCGCCACAUUAGGGCCCUUUCUACACUGUCAAUAGUGCCUUUAUGUAUAUGUAGUGGGACCGUGAAAAGAUACAAAAUUUUUAUAAUAAAAUAAAUAAAGAGAUGGAAAAACUAAUAGGGCAAAAUGUAGAGCUGAAUAAAAUAUACUUUUUAUUCAGAAAAUUGAUGGCAAGGGUAGCACUAACAAUGGGCAGAUAUCAUAAAAUAUAUGAUAGAAGCAGCUCAAGCUAUCAUAACUGGAGACAAGUGGCUGAUAAGUGUGGAAUUUGGAAUGGUAAGUAAAUAAGACACAUAUCGAGAAAAAAUGUAAAGCAGAAUUUAAUUAUUGGGAUUUGUAUUACUCUAUUUGUGUUAACAAUCAAUUAAUACAAAAAUUAAAAUAUAAAAUCCAGAUUAUCUGCUUCCAACUGGAUUAUAUGGCAGUGUAGACUCAUACAAUCCAGUUCAACGCCGAUAAUUUGGAUUAUCUGCUUUGAUAAUCUGGAUUAUAUGGCAGUGUAGAAGGAGCCUAACAAUCUUUUAUUGGUUUAGACAUCUCAAAAAGAUAAGACCAAGACUCUUAACUACUAUUAAUAUUAGGAUACAUUCUCACAUAAUUUAGAUAAAUUCACUAGAACUUAUUUAGAAAAGUUCACGAGAGCCAAUAUGGUGAGCUGCUUUAUGUGUUAGACACUGAUGCUGGAGAUCCCCAUGCAGCCAUGGAAACCAACUGGAAAACAUUGGACACAUUACACUCAUCCUCAGAGAGGGUCAAAGGAAAUCACCUCCCAACCACAUGAUAGGUUCAUUUUAGGGUCACCAUAAAAUGGAAAUUACUUGAAGAUACCCAACAACAAAAUCAAUCCAGUGCAUUAAAUCCCUAAAACCACUUUUGCCUGAUUUGAAGUCAAUCUAGUUAUGUUCUUGACCACAGAAAGAAACCGACUACAUUGACUGCUUAAUCUGAGGCUUAUCUGGCAUGGUAAAUGUUGAACAGGCCCUGGGAUGGUUAAACCUCCACCUCAUUCCCCAUCCCCAGCCAUUGUGAAGGCAGGAGGGAGUCCUGACCAUCCAGUGGCACCAAAUCUAGUUCAACAAUACCCAGACUUCUAAGCAGACAAUACCUAAUGGCCAUCCUUACCAUUCCCUCCUAUUCUCCUAAUUGCAGUGGCCAAUGAGUCAUGGAUGCUUGUCAUAUGCAGUAACCUCAGUCAGGAGAUAAGAAAUUGCCCCUCCUCUAGCCCCUCUCUUCUCCGGUCACUUCAUUGCAUUAAGAGAUGAGCAACCAGCAUAACCCAUCACACCCACUGGCCACUGUGAGUGACAUCUCAUCUCAGGGAAGAUGAGAUGGCUGGGUAAACAGUUGUGACCAAUUCCAUCUCAGAACUACUGUUUAAUUGGACCUAGAACUACAAUUAGCUUUAGAUUCUGGGGGAGAAGUCAGAGUAACCGGCAAAUUCAGUUAACGUGGUUCAAAGCCUCAUUAAGCAGCUUUGGCCCACAUUAACCUGGAUUUCACUUAGUCAUCACGAAGCUGAUUUGCUGGCCCUUCACACUAGGUGGUCACUGGAGAUGUGCCCCUAGGUGGGGAUGAAUUAAUGUAUAACAGAUGCAAAUUUUUCACAUCCAUCAAUUAACCUAAUGAAAUGGGAGAGACCCCUUAAGAAAAUAUAACUAUUAUGAUUCGGGGGGGGGGGGGGGUCUUGAAUUUCUUCUAAUAGUGUGGUCUUCAUUUCUAGGUAUGUAGGAAUUAUAUUAACAUUGCCAGAUAAUUUUAUUUUCUUUAAAGUUUAAAAUGCAGAAAACAUAUUAGAAAUGUCCCCGGUGGUGCACUGCAUUCCAGCAGGACUGAUGACUUGAAGGUUGGGUUACUGACCUGAAGAUUGCCGGGGAGAGCACAGAUGAGCUCGCUCUGUCAGCUCCAGCUCCAUGCAGGGACAUGAGAGAAGCCUCCCACAAGGAUGGCAAAAAGAUCAAAACAUCCAGCCAUCCCCUGGGCAACGUCCUUGCAAACAGCCAAUUGUCUCACACCAGAAGCGACUUGCAGUUUUUUAAGUUACUCCUGACAUAAAAAAGAAGUGCACAUAACUUCAUAAAAAGCCCAGUAAAGGCAUAAACAACCUAAGUAUCAUUUACAUUUUCAAAUUGUAUUUAGACAUAAAAUAUGAAUCCCAAGAUUCCGUAGGAUGGAGACAUUAUCCUUGCAGUGAUUAUGAUUAUGUGUAAUGCUUAAUCCAGUCAAUAAAUCAAUUUUACUUAGCCCUUAGCCUUAUAAGAUGUUCAUUAAUGGAUGUUCCUUAAAAACUACUUAAAGUGGCAGUUGAAAAGAAAAAGGAAUCAAUUGAUCUAUAUGUGUCAUUUUUGUAAACGUAAAUGCAUACUUCAUAUGUGUUCUAGAAAAUCAGAUGUACACUAGUGUUCACCCUUCUCUAGAUUUUUAAUGAUGUCCAGACAUCUUUAAGUUCCUUUUCUUACAACUAAUAGCCAAACCAGCUUUAUCAUUAGGCUAACUGAGGCAAUUGGAUCAGGGAAUCGCCAGCAGCAGCUUCCAUUUGUUCUCCAUUAACUCUCCCUCUAUCUCCUUCUGCUAGAUAAAAGAGCUGUUUUUCUACACAAUCUAUUUUGGGCUCCUUAAAUUAUCUAACUGCCUGAGGCGUGGUGGACAGUACUAUUCCACUGAUGUGCUAAAGACAGAUCCAACUGCCAGUCUAGUCAGUUUUUCUAUACUUGUUCUUCAUCUCAAGCAGCAAACAGUUUUACCUUGUCUCUGCUGAUGGCCUAAUACCCAAGUGUUUUAUAAUUUUGAAGCUCUUAUUGUUAGGUCUUGUCCCUUCUCAGACAACCAAGGGAGUUGGGAUAAUGUCUAGAAAACUGACUGAUCAAAUUUCAAAGUGCUGAAUUUAGUCAAGAUCAAAUGAAUGAGCCUGGGUACAUCUGACAAUAUCAUGCAUUUAGACAUAUGAUUUAACCUCUUUGAAAACACAUAUUUUGCUGAAAUUCUCCAUAUAACACCAACAGUAUAUCCACUGGGAUUCUGCAUUAUCUUGGUAGAGUGUAAAUUUGCCUCUAUCUACCUCUGCCUCCUUUCCUCCUGCCAAUACACAACUUACUGUCCAGCUGUCAGUGCCCUUUCCCUUGGAGGAUUAUAUCCUGUUUGUGCAUCUAGCUUCAGAAACCAUGUACUGCUAGGGACACUAUGUGGCUGGCAAGGUGCACACAGCAAUAUAAGAAAGAAAUGUUGUGUGAAGUUCCUUCUGCAAUUAUCUUUUUAAAAAUUAUAUGUAGGAACAAUCACUAAAAGAUGUCAACCAACAUUUCUUGGUUUUCUGUUUGCAUAGCUACAAAAAUUAAGAAACCACCAGGGCCGGUCCAACAAUGGAGGCCGUUUAAGCGGCCGCUUCGGGCGCACGUCAAGGGGGGCGCUGUUGAGGCUCCCUCUCGCACUCCUCGUCCCACUCGCGCAUCUCUCGCACUCGUCCCACUCGCACUCUGCUCAAUCGCGCCCCUCUCGCACUCGGCCCACUCACGCCUCUCUCACACUCGGCCCACUCACGCAUCUCUCUCACUCGGCCCACUCGCGCCCCUCUCGCACUCCUCGGCCCAAUCGCGCAUCUCUCGCACUCGUCCCACUCGCGGCCCUCUCGCACUCUGCUCAAUCGCGCCCCUCUCGCACUCGGCCCACUCACGCCUCUCUCACACUCGGCCCACUCACGCAUCUCUCUCACUCGGCCCACUCGCGCCCCUCUCGCACUCGGCCCACUCACGCAUCUCUCUCACUCGGCCCACUCACGCCCCUCUCGCACUUGGCCCACUCACGCCUCUCUCGCACUCGGCCCACUCGCACCUCUCUCUCACUCGGCCCACUCGCGCCUCUCUCUCACUCGGCCCACUCACACCCCUCUUGCACUCGGCCCACUCACGCCUCUCUCUCACUCGUCCCACUCAUGCCCCUCUCGCACUCGGCCCACUCACGCCUCUCUCGCACUCGGCCCACUCGCACCUCUCUCUCACUCGGCCCACUCACUCCCCUCUCGCACUCGGCCCACUCACGCAUCUCUCUCACUCGGCCCACUCACGCCCCUCUUGCACUCGGCCCACUCACGCCUCUCUCGCACUCGGCCCACUCACGCCCCUCUCGCACUCGGCCCACUCACGCAUCUCUCUCACUCGGCCCACUCACGCCCCUCUCGCACUCGGCCCACUCGCGCCUCUCUCUCACUCGGCCCACUCGCGCCUCUCUCUCACUCGGCCCACUCACGCCCCUCUCGCACUCGGCCCACUCACGCCUCUCUCGCACUCGGCCCACUCGCACCUCUCUCUCACUCGGCCCACUCGCGCCUCUCUCUCACUCGGCCCACUCACACCCCUCUUGCACUCGGCCCACUCACGCAUCUCUCUCACUCGGCCCACUCACGCCCCUCUCGCACUCGGCCCACUCACGCAUCUCUCUCACUCGGCCCACUCACGCCCCUCUCGCACUCGGCCCACUCACGCCUCUCUCGCACUCGGCCCACUCACGCCCCUCUAGCACUCGGCCCACUCACGCCUCUCUCGCACUCGGCCCUCUCGCCCUUGCAGCCCUCUUGCCCCUGAACAAGACCUGAGGCCAGGCCUCUGGGCCUGCUGCUCCAUCUGCACCCUUCCUGGAUUCCUCCCGCAACGCCCGGCAGCCCUCCGAGGCUGGAAGGAGCUCUGGCAGGUCGAGCAGGCCUGUGCCCCUGCCAUGCACCUCCUUGGGGACCCUCUCAGCCAUAAAGACGGGGCAGGUAGGAACCCGUCCCUGUUCCCAGCAUUUCGCCAGGCAUGUCUCCAGGGCAGGCCUGGGCCAACUUGGCAACUGAGGGGGGAAAUGGAGGGGCCUGAGGCUGGGUUGCUGCAGGUUUUUCAGCUGCCUGGCCAUGUUCCAGAAGCUGGAACAUGUGGGCCUACUCCUAGGAUUUAUAGUUUCCUAAGGCCCCUUCUUCACAGCCAUAGAAGACAGAUUAUCAAGGCAGAUAAUCCACAUUUUCUGCUUUGAACCAGAUUAUAUGCAUCCACACAGCCAUAUAUUCCAGUUCAGAGCAGAUAGUCUGGAUUUUAUAUGGCAGGGUAUGGGUUCUUCUACAUAACCAUAUAAUUGAGAUUAUGAAGGCAGAUAAUCCAGGUCAUAUGCACUGAACCGGAUUACAUGCAUCCAUACAGCCAUAUAAUCCAGUUCAGAGCAGAUAGUCUGGAUCUUAUAUGGCAGGGUAUGGGUUCUUCUACAUAACCAUAUAAUUCAGAUUAUCAACGCAGAUAAUCCACAUUAUCUGUCUUGAACUGGGUUAUCUGAGUCUACACUCCCAUAUAAUCCAGUUCAAAGCAGAUAACCUGCAUUUUAUAUGGCAAUACAGAAAGGGCCUAAGGGUAUAUUGUAGUGUAUAUUGUAGUGGUGUACUUCAGAGGGAUGCAUAUAUCUCACCAAAGGGCAGCUGCACUUUGGAAUUAAUGCAGUUUGACUCCAAUUUCAUUGCCAUGGCUCAAUGCUAUGAAACCCUGGGAAUUGUAGUUUUAUAAGGUCUUUAAACCUUCUCUGCCAAAUAGUUUAGAUGCCUCACCGAACUAUAACUCCCAGGAUUCCAUAGCAUUGAGCCGUGGCAGUGAAAGUGGAGUCAAACUAUGUUAAUUCCACGGUGCCUCACUUCUUCCAAUGGAGAAAUAAAGAUACAAGUGCCAGUUAAGUCCAGUGGAUUUCUUUAUUCAUACCAGGGGUCCCCAAACUUUUUAAACAGGGGGCCAGUUCACGAUCCUUCGGACUGUUGGAGGGCCAGACUAUAGUUGGCCACCGAGCAAUAAUAAAUAAAUAUCUAAAUAAAUAAAUAAAUAAUAACAAUAACAAUAAAAAAGAGGGUUGGAAGACACCCUUUGGGCCAUUGAGUCCAAUCCCCUUCUGCUUUGUGCAUCGAAAGCACAAACAAAGCACCCCUGACAGAUGACCACCCAGCGUCAAUGUGAAGAAGAAGAAGAAGAAGAAGAAGAAGAAGAAGAAGAAGAAGAAGAAGAAAGAGGUUUGGAAGAGACCCCUUGUGCCAUUUAGUCCAACCCCCUUCUGCCUGUGUGCACUAAAAGCACAAGCAAAGCAUCCCUGAUAGAUGGCCACCCAGCCUCAAUAAUAAAAAUAAUAAUAAUAAUAAUAAUAAUAAUAAUAAUAAUAAUAAUAAUAAUAGGAUUGGAAGAGACCCCUUGGGCCAUUUAGUUCAACCCCCUUCUGCCUGUGUGCACCAAAAGCACAAGCAAAGCAUCCCUGAUAGAUGGCCACCCAGCCUUAAUAAUAAUAAUAAUAAUAAUAAUAAUAAUAAUAAUAAUAAUAAUAAUAGGAUUGGAAGAGACCCCUUGGGCCAUUUAGUCCAACUACCUUCUGUCUCUGUGCACCAAAAGCACAAGCAAAGCAUCCCUGAUAGAUGGCCACCCAGCCUCAAUAUUAAUAAUAAUAAUAAUAAUAAUAAUAAUAAUAAUAAUAAUAAAAAUAAAAAUAAUGGUUGUAAGAGAAGAAGAGACCCCUUGGGUUACUUAGCCCAACCCCCUUCUGCCCUUGUGCUGUGGGGCUGGAUAAAUGGCUUCGAUGGGCCGCAUCCGGCCCCCGGGCCUUAGUUUGGGGACCCCUGAUUCAUACCAUAUGGAGAGGGGCAGAUUUCUCGCCCUUUUCAUGAUAUUGUUUAAACUUCCACUCUAUGUCUAAUUUUUGUUUUGUGUAAGGUAAAGGUAAAGGUUUCCCCUGACGUUAAGUCCAGUCAUGUCUGACUCUGGGGGUUGGUGCUCAUCUCCAUUUCUAAGCCAAAGAGCCAGUGUUGUCCGUAGACACCUCCAAGGUCAUGUGGCCAGCAUGACUGCAUGGAGCACCGUUACCUUCCCGCCGGAAGUGGUACCUAUUGAUCUACUCACAUUGGCAUGUUUUCGAACUACUAGGUUGGCAAAAGCUGGAGCUAACAGCGGGCGCUCAUUUCGCUCCCGGGAUUUGAACCUGGGACCUUUCGGUCUGCAAGUUCAGCAGCUCAGUGCUUUAACACACUUCGCUACCGGGGCUCCUUUUUGUUUUGUGUAUUUUAUGGAAAUAUGUUUCCAUAUGUAUAUUUUACGGAGUGUUUUUAAAUUAUUAUGUGUUCUAGCAAUGUUGUCAACCGUCUUGAGCGGGUAAGAAAUAAAAUUAUCAUUAUCAUUAUUGAGUUGCUGUGCAUUUUCUGGGCUGUCUGGCCAUGCUCCAGAAGCAUUCUCUCCUGACAUUUCACCCACAUCUAUGGCAGGCAUCCUCAGAGGUUGUGAGGUUGAGGCAAGUGUGAAUGUUGCAGUUGGCCACCUUGAUUAGCAUUGAAUGUCCCUCACAUAUUCAUAGCUGGCUGCUUCCUGCCUGAGGGAAUCUUUGUUGGGUGGUGUUAGCUGGCCCUGAUUGUUUCAUGUCUGGAAUUCCCCUGUUUUUGAGUGUUCUUUUUUUACUGUCCUGGUUUUAUUUAUUUAUUUAUUUAUUUCCCAUACUUGUGUCCCGCCCUUCUCACCCUGAAGAGGACUCAGGGUAGCCUCACAACUGCCAACAAUUCGAUAUCCGAUUGUUUUGGGGGGGCGCCAAAAUUCUGUUCGCUUACACUUGAAAAUUACCUUGGGCCGGCCCUGGAAACCACACAUGUUUAUUCCAAGUGAACUGAUAUAUGGUAUUGGAUUUGUAUUAAUCAUACAUUUUCCGUAUUCUCAUUAAAGAAUCUUAUCCUUAAAACAAAA